AUGGCCCUCAUCAGUGAAUCAGCAAACAAGUUGUGCUGCUUCACCUGCUGUGAGAUCAUUGGCAACAAAUGGGAGGCCUACCUGGGGCUGCUGCAGGCCGAGUACACUGAGUACACUGAGGAGGUCAACCUGGACAUGCUGGGCCUGAAGAGCUACUGCUGCAGUUGUAUGCUGCUGGCCCUCACGGACCUGAUAGACAAGCUGCUCGACCAGUCUCCCCUGAAGAAGUGA